AUGAAUGGUAAAAAUAAAAUUGGAAAAAGAAUCUUUUGGUCUAGUCCAACAAUAUCGUUUCAAAAACUUAAUUCAUUUUUGACCUUAUAUCGACAAGAUCAAGAUCAACAUCGAUUGAUAUCAGCACCGUUUGCAUCUGUAUUCUAUUGUACAAAAAGUGAAAGUGAAAAUCAAGGUAAAGUAUAUCAAGAAGAAUUACGUCGAAAUACUUUGUGGACAGCCUGUUAUGCAGAAGAUUAUAUCAUACAAUUGUAUCUGGCAGAUUUAGGAACAAUUCGUGAACGAAGAAAAUUACUAUUUGAUGUUGGUUCGAAUAAAGGGUAUGUAUUAGCUGCUUGGAAAUCAAUUUGGUCUCCACAAAAUGGAGUUAACCAACGAAGUUUGGGAAAAUAUUUAUCUGAGAAAUUAUUACUUUCUGAUUGUGGUGUAUGUAACGACUGUAAUGAACCAUUACUAUCAACCAAAGUCAAUAUCUCUAGACACACGAAUGUAUUAGUAGAAAUACAUGCAUUUGAGCCACAAUUGAGCAAUUAUGGAAUUUUACAUCAAGUACAGAAAUGGACAAAUGAUACUUAUCUUUAUGUGCACAAUCUAGCGAUAAGUAAUCAUACAGGUACUGCUGUGCUAUUAAAAUGUGGUCGAGGAGGUGAAGCUUGUGGUUUAACAGUAGAGAAAAAUCUUACAAAUACCGAACGAUUUUUAUUAGUCAAUGUGACAACACUCGAUAGAUUUGUGCAAAAAUUUCAAAUUACAGAAAUAAUUGAUAUAUUGAAGAUAGAUACAGAAGGAUAUGAUCUAUUAGUUUUAACGGGAGCAAAUCUUAUCUUCAAACGUCAACAAAUUCGUUUACUUAUCUUUGAACAUCAUCAAGUCGGUUUCUGGGCAAGCAUUCAUCUACGAGAUGUUGUUGAAAAUUUAGAUUCUAAAGGCUAUACAUGCUAUAUGCUUGGUAGAACAGGACUCAUUCGAAUAACACGAUAUAAUAAUAAAAUGUUGGAAUAUUGUAUAAUUGAUUGUAUGUGA